AUGGAAAACCGCGAAGAAAAACAAAACAACGAAGUUGUGGAGGGUAAAAUAACAACAUUUGCAUCGCCAACUGUUUUGGCUGCCAUAUUGGAUGAACAAAUCUUGGACAAAGGUGCUGUGCCAAGUAAAGUCGAUCUCAACGACGAACGGCAGAAUGUAGGGAUGGUGGCCGACAGCUUGGAUGUAUCUUUAAACGAUUCUCUCGACUCGACGAAAUUGCAAGAAAGCGGAGAAGUAAUUGGCGAUGUUGUUGAUACCGAGGAGUUAAUUGGAAAGGAUCAUACAGUCUCACCUUUGGGAUUUCUCGAAAGAGUUAUUGAUUAUCCGAAGAGUUCAACGCCGGCACAAAAUGAAAAUCCUGUUGAUGACAAGAGUAAAAAUGCCGAGAAAGCUCCUAAACCACGUCGACCACAGCACAUCAUCGAAAGAAACAAGGAACAAGUUGGCAAGCGAGCAUCCCAGAGGGCUAGUUAUGCUCAAAUGCAUGCAAUCAAGACAAGAAAUAAACUCAAUAAAGAUAAGGAAAAGAAAGCCAAUGUUGAAGGAGACCAGAAUUUGGAUAAUACACCAGGUUUUAACUCAGAGAGUAAGCUGGAUAGUGUAGAACGGAAUUUUAAUCAGAAUACCAAUUUUCCAAGUGAUCAUGUGGAUCAAAUUCCCCAUGGUGACACUAUGAGCAACACAAGCGCUGAUUUACAACAACAGGAAAGCUUUUUGUUAGAAAACAGUUAUUCAAACGGUACACAUGAUAUUUUUCAAAAUCAUGGACCAUAUUAUGAUGUCAGUCAAAAUUCUAGACUAUAUGAUAGCACUCACCAGUCGAGUUAUUUUGACCAAACUGGAACUUACAGUAGAGGUUAUGGAAGUGCAAUGGGGUAUUUAAGUCAGAAACCUGUUCCAUCAUUGUACCAUCAGAGUUUAUCAACCCAGUCAGCACCUCCAGGAGUUUAUGGUUAUGAACGCAAACCAUUAAUUAACAGUUUACAUACUUCAAAUUUCAGUGAAGAGGGUUAUUAUCAGUCAACAGUUUUACCACAUGAUGAGUCCGAUAAAGGGUUUAAAAUACCAGAAUCCAGUCUCCAUAGAAAGUUUUCCUCAGAUCCAUAUUUAGCUCAAUCAAGAUCUACAUCAUUGCAGAAUAUAGCAAAUGUUGGUAGAAACAGCAAGGCAUCUGGAAGCUACUCUAAUUUACGACAGCCUUUUGAAUACAAACCAUAUACUUUAAAGGACUACCAGAACCUUGCUGGUUCAAAGGCCAAGCCGUUGGCUGGGGGCUUGGGACCAAAUAUUGACACUGAUGAUUUCAAGGAAAAGGUAAAGGCCUUGAAUUGCUGGUCAACCAUUUCAAAGCUUUCUCCAAUCCAGGAAUAGCUAUUAGGAAAAGCUUACUACGGCAAUCCUUUUUAAUAGUCAAGCAGGCUUUUUCACUUGACUGCUCCUUCAAAGUUACCCCAUGUCUUUAAUUUUCAGAGCAGUUAGAGCCGAUUAUAAGGUCUUUUUCAGCUGGUGCAUUUAGCCGGCAUUCAGCUCCUAGUGACAUCCCUGAUUAUGACCAAACUGUAGUUAUAAGACAUAAUCAAACAGUUAACUCUUCUUCCUAAUGAAAAAGUAAUGUCAAUAACUAAAGAAAAAUAACAUUUGAAAUGCUAUGAAGAGCAAACUCAGAAUUGAUGUAGAUGAUAAGAUUCAUGUUAAGUUAAAUCUUUGAGAAAGUCAGUAGUUUUGGCAAGACGUUGAAUUAAUGGCAAGAUCCCUUGGUUGAAUUUUCAAGGUUGUUUUUAGCAGCAGGAUAAGAAAGAAAUCUGGACUCGAACCAGGCAUAGAUGAAAAUAAUACCGACCAUGUGUUAAGUUAUUACACCACCAUAAAGUGUUAUUAAAAAACUUGGGAAUUUAUUAUUACAGAUGUAAAAACUUCUAAAGAGGUAAUAAGGGCAUUAGCCAUUUAAACAAUAACCAAAGGAUGUUAAUAGUCAGCCAUGCAUAUCUCUUUGAUCUUCUGCAGACAAUGCCUUUUGCAAGCUAAGCUGUAGCCUGGUUCUCAGAGUGACCUGAGAAUCAGACUAAUGCAGCUGCAGUCUGUGGGCUAUAUCUGCAGUUGUUAAUAAUAAUUAUGUUCUUCAUUACUUUGUAGAUGAAGAAAAUAAAUAAACAAAGAGAGUAUGCUACAAUGUUGAGAGCUCAGCAUUCAGCGUCAAGAAAGCAGUGGGGAAGAAAAGGAGCUGCUUCUGCCCCAGUUAAGGCCAAUCAUGUGAUUGAGGCAGAGAAGAAGAGGGAGGCAGUAAGUAUAACAAGAGGGCAAGUGACAAUUCACGCUAAAGCAAGUUAAUAUUAUUAAAGACAUAAUGUCUUGUCCCCAGGGGAACAUUAAAUGCCCCAAGGGAAAGAUUGCAAUUUGAGGUAAAAUAAUAUUAAAAUUAAGUCAGUCAAUGUUACCCUCUGUCGUCAUAGAGGUUGCAGCAUUGCCCUCUCCAAGACUGUUUUGCGGGGUUGGGGGUGGGAUGGGAAAAGUGUUGUUUCAGUUAGACUUUGAAAGGGCCCAAUGAAAGUGCCUGCUGUUGUGGAAAAUAUUCCAGGUACUAGUAUAUGAAAAAAAUUGUCAUCUUAUUGGAGAGUAAAGUGGUGAAUGUCAAUGUUAAUAUUCUGAGGCUGCGGUGCUUUAAAAGGGUUUAUAAAAAUGUUAUUGUUGGGGAUUCCCAGAUAACCCUGUGAUGGGAUAGCAACCUGUCCAGGGCCUAGUGGUCAUUUCAUGCUUUGGGAAGGGGAAUAAGCUAUGUUCUGUUCGUCCACUUAACUCAAAUGCAGGCUUUACCUUUAGUGUCAGCCUUGUUUUCUUAGACUUCCUCUAAGUGAGGCAUUUAUGGUCUGUAAUUUUAAUUUUCUGUUUGCUUGCUUUGUAAUCUGAUUGAUUUGAGGGGAAGAGAAACUGUUUUGCACUGUAACAAAAAGAAUUCAAGUAGUAGUCGCUGCUACAACUGACACUAUAAUUUAUUAUUGUUUACUUUAUUCUAUAGGCUUUAAACUAUGCCAAGAAUGUCCCCAAACCAAAGCAAAUGAAUCAAAAGAAGCGGACUGGGUCUGGCAAACACAAACAGGAGACAGGAGGCGAUGAGGAACAAGAGAUAACUGUGCUGGAGAUUUUAAGAAUGAGACAUGAACAGGAGAAGAAGGAAGUUGACAUUAUAAGAAAAGAACUGGCAUCAAAGAUAAGGUUGUAA